CGAAGAACAACGGUAUGCCGCGAUCCGAGCAAGUACCUGAAACGGUGAUCAAACACAGUGACUCAGAGCUACUUGUUGAUGUUGUUGUUUGUUGUUCGUUCGUGUGCAAUGUGAGUGCACGCAUUGAACGGCUAGGGAGAGCAGAGAGGGAUGAGCCAACAACAAUGGACUGGUCUUUCGAGUCUAGAAGCCUUCAGUUCAGCUGGAUUCUCUGGCACUCAUCAACAGCGAUGUCGCAGGCUUUUUAUAACAGGUGGGCCCAUACUGGUUUUUUAGUCCGGGAACAGACAUUGGAACAAGUGGAACAUUGGGGCAUGGGAACACAGUGGGCUGCUGCAUGCUCACCACAUGUGUGUUCAUGGUGGUGGAUUGAGUUCAAAUGUUCCCUUGGAGAAUGGGUGAUAUGCAUGAGCCAGGAUGCAGAAUCCAUAAGAUACCUUUUUGGAUGCUUGACCAAGUCUGCUUUUGGUUCCCAUUGAUAAUUGCAAUCCAAAUCAGACUUAAGGUUAACUCUGAGGUUUAGCUUUUCAGGUGCCAGCAUGAACUUUGCCACCAAGGUUCAAGACCUUGCAAUUACUCAGAUGUGUCGCUGCAGCCAAGUGUCUGCAUGGUUGUAUUUUUGCAAUCCUAUAUCAUAAAUGGUGCCCAUCUCAUGUCCCAGGAACAUGAUUCUGUAUUCAAUACAUCUUACUGUAUUGUCUCCAAAAAUGCACACUAAUACCAUUGCUACAAUAGUCCAUCUUCAGCUCCCAGGCCUAUUGACCUAACUAGCCUUUGUCCAGUAUUGUGGGAAAGAAGUUUAAACACUUUGUCAUUACUUGUGAAUCUACACCACAGAUUGUAAUUGUAGCCUUGGUGUGCUUGUGUUACAAGCAGCUACAGGUCCUAUGUUAA